AUGAACGUCGGACUGCUGCUAAUGCUUCUCUUGGAGGGGAUUCCUCCUCCAGCUGGCAUGGGCGGACAAGCAAGACACCUCAUCCAGCAAGCGUACCAAGCAGAACUCGAUGUGAUAGCCGAAGUAGCAGCUCCAAAGGAUCGGGAGAUUCUCGCGAAGCAGCGCAGCUCACACUGGGCUAAGAUGUUGUUCUCUUCGCGCAUCUACUUCGAUGGAUCGAUGAGUAACCUAUUUCGCAUGGAUAGCUCUACAAUUGGCGCUUUGAUACGGACUGUGACCCCCCAUCUCACAACAGGAAGAAUGGCACCAGAUGCUGUGUUGCCUCCAGUGAGAGUAGCUGUCUUCUUGUAUCUAUGUGCUCAGGGCACAUCGCUGGAAGCCACAGCAGAUCGUAUCGAUGAAGAAGAAGUAAAGACCGAGCGCCGCCGCUACUCGGCGGCAUCCGAGGUGACGGUCCCGGCCUACUUCAACGACUCGCAGCGUCAGGCGACUAUAUAUGCUGGAGCUAUUGCUGGUUUGAACGUGCUGCGUAUCAUUAAUGAGCCGACGGCUGCUGCGAUCGCCUAUGGGCUCGACAAGAAAGGAGGCGAGCACAACGUGCUGAUCUUCGAUCUCGGAGGCGGCACGUUCGACGUCUCACUGCUAACUAUUGAAGACGGGAUCUUCGAGGUCAAGGCGACGGCGGGUGACACGCACUUGGGCGGUGAAGACUUCGACAACCGUCUGGUCGAGUUCUUCGUGACCGAGUUCAAGCGUAAGCACCGCAAGGAUAUGACGUCGAACCAGCGAGCUCUACGUCGUCUUCGUACGGCGUGCGAACGCGCCAAGCGGACGUUGUCCACUUCGGCGCAGGCGUACAUCGAGAUCGACUCGCUGUUUGACGGCGUGGACUUCAACUCGACCAUCACGCGUGCGCGGUUCGAAGACUUGUGCAGCGAUUAUUUCCGCAAGACCAUGGAUCCUGUUGCGCAGGUUUUACGAGACUCUAAACUGUCCAAGAACCAGGUGAACGAGAUCGUAUUGGUCGGAAGCUCGACGCGUUCGAAGGUGCAGCAGUUGCUGAAGGAUUUCUUCAACGGGAAGGAGCUGUUCAAGUCCAUCAACCCGGACGAAGCCGUCGCGUACGGCGCCACCGUGCAGGCUGCGAUUCUGAGUGGCAACGAGUCGUCUUCAAAGCUGCAGGACCUGUUGCUACUGGACGUCGCGCCGUUGUCGCUGGGCCUGGAGACAGCCGGUGGCGUCAUGACUAAGCUCAUUCCACGCAACAAUAGCACUCUCAGCCUCACUGGAAAGUAUCGUUCCUUGUCCACUACACCGAAGAUUCUUUGUGAUGGCCAUGUCCACCUUCGCAAACGGCUUGUAUCUGCGCUGCCUGCUUUUUCCACUUCGAUAUCUGUUUUUGCUUGCGCUUUCUGUCUGAGCUAG